UUCGUUUUCCCCUGACGGUCGUGAACGCAUCACUCCAAGCGACGGAAUCAGGGGGGUUUCGAACAAGGACGAUGACAACAAACCGUAACGUCGAAUCAAAAUAAUGUUUUUGAGGCAGACUGUUUACAUGUCCGAGCCAGAAAGGCUCGUAUUUUAGAUGCACGUGAGAAAGUCGCGUUUUGGUUAAAAUUCUGAGCUUAUUUACCAAGGACUGCUAGCGGCUAAAUUAGCUGACUAGCUUCAGAACGUUUUUGCUAGCUAUGUGGAACAUUGGCGGCAUCAAACUCGGCUUUGUGGCUGUCAAUGUCACACGUAUGGCUGACACUAAGGAAAUGGUUUGAGGAGAAGAAGACCAGAAUCGAGAACCAUGGAGGCUCGUUUUGGCAACAUCGUCUUCAGCUCCAAGUUCGAUUCGGGGAACCUGGCCCGAGUGGAAAAAGUGGAGAAGGGCAACCUAAGCCCCGCCUCGGACACGGCCUCCAGCGGAAGCUCCUCCUCGGGGUCGCACCUCGCCCCCGACUACGAGUUCAACGUGUGGACGCAGCCAGACUGCGCCGGCACCGAGCACGAGAACGGAAACAGGUCGUGGUUUUACUUCAGUGUGAAGGGAGCAGCUCCUGGAAAGCUACUGAAGAUCAAUGUGAGGAACAUGAACAACCAGAGGAAGCUCUACAGCCAGGGCAUGGCUCCUCUUGUCCGCACAUUACCUGGGAAAAACCGUUGGGAAAGAAUUCGAGACAGACCCACAACAGAGAUCGCAGACAACCAGUUUGUGCUUUCGUUCACUCACCGGCUCUCGGAGGCGCGAGGAGCCACCACCUUCUUCUCCUUCUGCUACCCUUACUCUUACACCGAGUGUCAGGAGAUGCUGCAGCAGCUCGACGAGAGUCACCCCAACGCUGCUCAGCUCAGUCCCAGCAGUGCAGCCAGCGCGGUUUACUACCACAGGGAGCUGCUGUGCCGCUCUCUCGAUGGCAACAGGGUGGACCUUCUCACUGUGACCAACUGCAGCAGGAUGCAGGAGGAAAGAGAAGCCCGUCUCCCCAAACUGUUUCCUGACACCAACACUCCCAGACCACACCGCUUCGCCGGCAAGAGGGUUUUCUUCCUCACCAGCCGGGUGCACCCCGGGGAAACGCCGUCCUCCUUUGUUUUUAACGGUUUCCUCAACUUCAUCCUGAGACGAGACGACCCGCGUGCACACGUGCUGCGCAGCAUGUUUGUGUUCAAGCUCAUCCCCAUGCUCAACCCGGACGGGGUCGUCCGUGGACACUACAGAACGGAUUCCAGAGGCGUGAACUUGAACCGACAGUACUUGAACCCGAGCCCCGAGCUGCACCCCUCUAUCUACGCGGCCAAAGCCCUGCUGCUCUACCACCACACGCACAACCGCGUGCGCGCCAACGGCAGCACGCACUCUCAGGCUCCCCUGAAACCCACCAACCUGCACCAAACCCCGCCCCUCACCGCUCUGGAAGUCAGCUUGAACCAGCGGAACGCGGAGAAGGACGCCGCCCUGGCGCAGCCGGUGGUUUCCAUGGUGACGGAGGAGAAUAGCUGGACCCCAGCGGAGGUGGUGAAAGGAGAGCACGACGCGGAGUCGGCGGAUGUUGUGGUGCCGCAGGUGGAGGAACCGGAAUCGAUACCUCCCCGGGAAGGGGGCGUGGCUUAUUAUGUGGACUUGCACGGCCACGCCUCAAAGCGGGGGUGCUUCAUGUAUGGAAACAGCCUUCCGGAUGAGAGCCAGCAGGUGGAGAACAUGCUCUACCCCCGACUGAUCGCUGUCAACUCCGCCCACUUUGAUUUCCUGGGCUGCAACUUCUCGGAGAAGAACAUGUACGCGCGGGACAAGAGGGACGGCCAGUCUAAGGAAGGCAGCGGCCGUGUGGCCAUUCACAAAGCCAUCGGGCUGCUUCACAGUUAUACGUUAGAGUGCAACUACAACACAGGAAAAACCAUGAACACAAUUCCACCUGCCUGCCACGACAGCGGACGAGCAACGCCUCCUCCACCCUCGUCGUUUCCUCCAAAGUACACUCCAGAAAUAUUCGAGCAGGUGGGGCGUGCCGUGGCCGUCGCGGCUCUGGACAUGGCAGAAUGUAACCCUUGGCCUCGGCUUGUGCUGUCGGAGCACACCUGCCUAACAAAUCUCCGCGCCUGGCUCCUCAAGCACGUCCGCAACACCAAAGGCCCGAACGUGCACGUUCACGCUCCCCCAAAAGUCCUCAACAACGCCAUGAAGGCGUCUCCACCCAAAAACUUCAACAUCUGUCUGUCCGGAUCGACGUCGGAGAAUGCGCUCAGCCGCACCCACUGCAACAGCAGCCAGACGCCCUCCCCGAAAAUGCAGAACUCUCCCAGCUUCACCUUUGGCUACUCCGCACCGCGAGGGCAGCACAACGGCACGCACGCCGGCGCCCGUGGAGGCAAGGCGCACGGGCCCGCCAAAGACUCUAAGGCUCAGGAGAAAAGACGCCCCGCCCACCUCCGCUCCAUCCUCCGGUGUCCCACCAACAGCCACGCCCCCUCCUGCCCCCGAGCGUCUCCCCCGUCCUCCUCCUCGUCCUCGUCUUCCUCCACGUGCGCAGCAGGUUCCUGCCCCCUCCCCGCCUCCGUCAGCAUGACAGGCCUCAGCUGUCCAGAUUUCAAAGCCGGAGAACCCGCCGACUGGUCCAGAAUCCCGUUCCCCGUGUGUUCUAGGCGUGCGGGUCGAGCUCCUGCCAACCCCCGUCAGCCCGCAGAGACUUUUAAAGAGCUGGGGGCGGCACACAUCCUCUCAUCCAUCAAGUUUCGAAAGUUUGAGCUGCAGCCGAACGCCAGCCGCAUCCCCGUCCGGAGGGCGGGGUCUAUGGACACCCCGCCCCUGCGUGGCACAAAGACCUCCUCGGAAAGUGAAGUUCUGACCGGUAUGAAGGUGUGGAAGCUGUUACGACCCGGGCUGCACAAACACCUCUCAGGUUUAUCUGAGAAAGAGCGGCCCGUGCAGCUCGCCGCGGCGUCCCUGAACACCUCCGACGGCAGUCUCCACUACGGAGCAGAAACUAUUCUAAAGACUUCUCCACCGGGAGAAGCAGCUCUGCAGCAGGCCGAGGGAACUGAAGCCGUGCCGGAAGCUGUGAACAUGUGUGAAACGUUGACCCUGUGUGGAGAAGCCUGCUGAGGGUCACGCACACAUUCUCAAACCGACCGAGUAGGAAAAACAUGUUUUUAUGUGCAAUAUCAAAAUGUUACUUUUACUGAAACACUAAGAGAGUUUUGACUGAAGGAGAUGAGGGUUAAGUGCCUUUCCUCACUGCCUAACAGUGGGGAGGACGGCACAAACUUUACAUCUGUAAACUUUGUUUUGGUCUCUGCUGCCCCUCAGUACUGAUAUCAAUGUUUAUGCACUGAAGUCUUUUUAUUCACUUUUUUUAUUUUGACAGCAGAGGCUUUAUAUUUUAACUUUUUCUCACUUAUUUUUAUUGGAAAGCUGGAGUUGUAGCAGUUUUUAUAUACAUAUAUUUAAACUUCAUUUUAAAAAGUUCUCAAUAUCAGAUUCAUGUGAUUGUUUGUGCUUGUUCACAUAUCCAAAUACAUUUACAAGUCAAAAUUGUGGAUUAACUGGUGAAACAAAUAACCAACAAGUGGAUCAAUUACAUUUCUACUGAUAGUUUUUGAUAAUGUAAUGGGGAAAGAAGCACUGGAAUCCAAAGUUGGGCAUUUGUCUAGUAUCCUCACCUUUUCUGACACUCUUUAUUUUGACUGUUUUAUUUAACCAGACUGUUAUAUUAAGACUGAUGACUGUACUGUGUUGGAAAAUAUAACUUUGAAUAAUAAAAAUAUAUCAACUCAGAA